AUGGAAGAAGAGGGGUUGUGGAGACGAUCGAGAACUCUUCAAAGCAUGAACUGGUUAGGUGGAGGGGAUAAAAGAUCAAUGGAUAUGGGGGGAGAAAGUGGAAAUGGCUGGGGUGGGUGGCAAAGAAGAUGCUUGUCUCCUUACCUCAAGGUUAUGGGAGCAAAUGCAUACAACAUAGAGCACAUAUGGAUGGUUGACGUCAUACCUGAUUCCUCUGUGCCCAUAGCAAUGACUGAGAUAAAUGCAGAUUUUUUUUGGAGAGAGUAUAUUUUAUUUUCACCAAGAUCACAUAGAGCAAGUGAUUAUUUUUCAAUUGGAUGGUUGAUAUGAGCAUCUACAAAUCUAGAGUUGAAGCAAAAGAUUCCAUUGAUCAAUCUUCCCUCAAAACUUUUGUUAGUUGUAUUCAACUGAUGUUCAAUAGUUCCGAUUGAGAUUUUGUUUGGUUGACGAUCAAGGGAGGUUCGAUGAGUAGUAAUUGGUAGGAUGGUUCCUCAUUUUUUAACUUAAGGGACCUUUAUAUUCUGUUUUUCAUAAUUUUCCUUACAUUAGAUUUUUUUUAACAACAUUAGCACAUUGAUCAAUAGCGUAUCAACUUAGUUAUGGUAACUUUGAUUGAAUAACAAUCCUUUCUUAUUUAACUGUAAAACUUUUGUUCAUAUGCUGGUACAAUUUACUUGCAAAUCGUUGAGAUUGUGUUGCGAGCUAUCAUAAAUCUUGGAUCAUUUCAACACUUGAACAUUAUUUGAUUCAAGAAGUUAAGUACCCCUUUCUUUUGUUUUUCAUUAGUGCCACAAAUGUUAGGAAUUCCUUUAAAGUUAUCAAGGAAAUGUCAAAAUUCAAUAUUUAUUAUUUGUCUUACGUGAUACAGUUUAAGCAGUAGGUGUCUUCAAGGAUGAAGAGGAAGAAAGAUAACUCCUACUCUCGCAUCACAAAGAACUAAUUAUAGAUCUCAAACUCUAAUCACAGUGCUUCCAGUGAAAGAGGACUAAAAUUUUUCUAUCCUUGGUAAAGAUCGCAAUGUACAAUUACCUUGUGAACAAAACUCAAGCUAUUACAAGCUAUCUUGGGAAUGAUUUUUAAUUAUGUGUCUUACUACUCUGUCUUCCUUAUUAUUUUUUUGGUAGUUUUUUUACUUUAAAUUUAAUCAGAUUUUUCAUGAUUUUUACCAUUGGAAUAUUGUAUUAUUAUUCCAAUAAGGGAUUGGAAUCGUUUGUUCGAAGGAUUGGAAUUGUUAGUCUAACGACAACUUUCGCAUGUACUUUUGGAA